AUGCGAUUGACGAGUCUUUGUGUUCCUCAGAUUUUACACACGCAUCAAGAGACAUCCCCAUAUCGCAUGCGUGCGUUUAAAUGGCCUUUAGCGAAGGUCUCAUCACUUCCAUUGGAGGGUCCACUCUGGAGAUGGUUUUAUCGGCAUCGUAACCGGUGGAUCGAAAGUCCGAUCAAGCAGAUGCCGCAUCAGGUCCGAGGCCUUAGUUCUCUUCAAACGGGAUGUUCUAUGAACGGACUAUUAGAUAAUGAGGACAAUGAAUCUGAGGAUGAUAUUGAGGGCUGGAAAGUCGAGGAAACCAUAUGCGCUGCAACGGUCGAACUUACGUCUUCUGUUGUGGGUAAGUCCAUUGCUACUGCAACAAAUAUGGCUUGGACAGAAUUUGGCCCUACUGGCUCGACUUCCACGACCGCAUCUGUGGAGGUGGUCGAUACCUUGGAUCCAUUUGCAAAGGCCAAAAUAUUGAACUUUGUUCAGCGAAUGAUUUCACUCUCUUCCACCUCUUCAAAUGCCACUGUUAAAAGCGUAGCGAACAAUGGUCUUCUCAAGUCUUGUGAUAAAUCUGUGUACGGGCCAGAGAUACGUGAGGUGCAGGGUCACUCUGGUGGGAAAAAGCAAUACCAUGCCAUGCUGAGGCUGCCUCUUCCAGUCGAGUAUGGUCUGCGCUAUGGUGAGGGUUUCGCAAGCACCGAGAGGGAUGCGGAGCUGGUGGCGGCCAUGCACGCUGAGCGCGUCCUUGACGCUCUGGGUUUUCAUGUCUAUCAGCUUUCCUCUAAGCAAAGUCGACAUGCGGAGAUUGCGCGGAAAGCAGGGCGUUGGGCCCCGAUGCCGGGUGAGGGGGAAGGGGGGUCGUCACGGCCCCCUCCCAACACCCCUUCCCCGCCCCCUCUCCAAUACGCUAUAGAAGACGUAUCAAGGAGUGUGUCGCGGCAGCUCCAACUGGAUAAGGUAUGCUUUGUCAACGUUACUCGAGGUGUCUUUACCCCUUUUCGGCACACACUUGCUUCUCCAUACUACUACGAUUUUGGUAGUAUUAAACGGAUACAAUCUUUUUUCAAAGCAUAUAACGCAAAUAUCGAGUGUUACUUCAAAGUGAUUGCGCUACAUAAGAUUAUCAAUAAAGAAAAUAAAAGACAUGAAGGGAGUGAAAGUGGAAGCGGCCAACCCAGCGACGCCAAUAUGGAAGAGACACAUUCCUUUUUGGCGCAACUGAAGCUACCUAUCGCAUCUCGUUUUGGAGAAAGGGUGUGCAUGGGAAAAGGACCAACAAAAAAAGAGGCCAUUGCGUUGGCAUGUAUGCAUGCGGAGUUGACCAUAGAUGCCUUGGGGCUUGCUCUGUAUCCCACAAGUAAGGAGAAACAAGCUAUACAUGCUAUGGAGUGCGCAAAAGUACAGCGAUGGUGCGCUCCUGUAGGUGACUGCGACUUCCGCUAUGAUGCUGCCUCGCCGCAGCCACUGCAGAUGUUACCGGAUCACAUGGUGGCAACGGAUCGAGGAACGUCAACGUUGUUAUCUGAAGCGCAUGUAACUCGGUGUCACUAUGUUGAUAACUACAGCACAUCUAAUGUACCCAUACCCGCGACGAGGAGUGCUGGGGAAGAGCAACUAAUCGUAAGCGGGAGGACUGCAUCUCACACUAUGCCGCCAAGUGAUGAAUUUAAUGGUUUCACUACAAGCACGGGAUCCCUCAUUUCUGAGCUACAAAAUGACGGGACCUCGGUCGAGUCUAUGUUGAUACAGCAUACCCAUGCAGUAAAUAACUUUGGAUGGGUGCAAGAUGUCGGAAGCGUAGACAAGUCGGCAAAGCUGCUGCUGGAUCACUAUUUAGAUCAUUAUUAUCAAAUUAAAUAUUCAAAGAACGCAAAUUCAUCACCUGGAAGUCUUCCCAAUAGAAAAGUGCUUUUACCAUAUCUAGUUGAGUGCCUUGGAAUCAAGCACCGCGAAACUUACCGAGCCACUGUAACGGUACCUCUUUUCGUAUCUCAACGGUGUUGUGAAGGUGCGAAUCAAGGUGUGUGUGAGGGACAAAGUCAUGAACACAGGGAAAAGGAACGUGAUAAUGGCAAGAUAUCCGAUAAGAAUGCUACUUUUGUGGCUAUUGGUAUAGCCAAAACUUAUCACGAGGCUGAAAUGGCAGCCGCCACGCAUGCUUUGAAAGUAUUGGCUGCUUUAAAUCAUCCAGUCGUGUUUUCUUCGGAGUCCGCAUUCUUACUUACUUCUUUCACGACUGCGGUAACGAGUGACGGUAGACAUGGCAGCUUCCCAUGCUACGACCCCACAAGGCCUGUCAAGAAACUGCAUGAAGUCACGUCUCAUUCCUCAUGUAUGCCCGUGCGUUGCAUAGGGAAGGAACACGUAGGUCGUAUCAGCAUCGCAGGCCUGAGUUCCGAAAAACAGCUUAGUGUCACUCCAGUGAACCGCAGUGCUGCUGCUGCAUCUUAUUCUUCGUUGACCCCUUCGUCGCGUUUUUUUAGUGAUGCUAACCAGAAAACAAAACUUAUGGAGUCUCUUUUGGAAGCCCGUCAGACGCUAUCAAAGUCUGAUUGGCUUCUGGAGGAGGAUGGCAACAACCGCAUUGUGGUAAACCCGGCUUCUACUCGAGAGUCAGGGCGAAACUACGUCCACACGCUGUCCGGGGUACGCACUCCUGAUGUUUUUGCUAUUAAUCGACUCCGAGACUACCUUGAACGACACGGGAAAUCUCUGGAAACUUCACUCAUGCACUCGUGGCAGGAAGUUGAUGAUGAAGGCGUUACAAUGGCUCAGGAGUCAUCGAAGCAAGGCAAUUCUGCGUUUCCUCAGACUGAUACCGGUAGGAAAACGCAUCUACGCCCACUGUUACACGUUAUCAAGGUAGUUUUACCCGUUUCACAUAGGUUUGGUGGCGCGGGAGGAAGGGUUGAAGGUUCUGAGGAAUGUGAGAAUUCGAAGUUGUCAACCCGUUUUAUUGCGCACGGUGAGGCGUACAACGAGGAUGAUGCCGUGCUGAUGUGCGCCAUGCACGCGGAGUUGCUUUUAGACACGAUUGGUAUUCCCUUUUAUGAUCACCCCGUGCUGCAGCGCAAACACAUCGAUACAGCUAAUAUGCUGGGUCGUCAAACUGCUGUCGGUUCUGCUGCCAAGGCACCAGCCCCUCUACGCAAAGAGCACCCCAACUCUUGUUUAUGGGCUCGCAUACAAAUUCGUCUUGCAAAAGAAGCGACGACACCAUCUCAGCCUUUAGUUAAGCGACCAGAAGACGUGUCAGAGACACCAACCACCGUCUCAUUUCCUUCUCAAUCUAACAUGACAACACAAGCUGAUACUUUGCCAAAUAAUCAGUCAGGGUCUUCAGCGAAUGACUCGGAUGCGUCUGCCGCUUCUUUUGAGUACACAGAUGAUAAUCUCUGCGACAUUUCCAAACUGCAGUCGCUGCACCACACUGAAGUGUUUCGUCAGGCAUUGAAACACAUUCGAGUUUAUUUUCAACAACGAGGCAGCGAUUUCUUUCGUAUGGUGCGACAAUAUACUGUCAAGACAUCAUCUCAUGGUACCGUGUAUCGUGCCAUUGUUGAGAUACCGGUGCCCAGGGUGUACGGCAAACGCUUUGGGGUGGGGUGUGCUAGCACGAAGGGGAGAGCGCUAAAUCUCUGCGCAUCUCACGCCGUCUGGACGUUAGAUGCGCUGAACAUUCCGAUUUACUCAGGCCGGUGCCAAUUUGAGUACGCAAAGUCAUGCAAAAUAGCUGGACGACGCUCCCCAACGCCAGGAGGUACACUUAUGCCUGGAGAUACGCCUUCUCCUAAAGGCUUGUGUGACUUGUCUGUCGGCGCUGUAGAGCGACCGGAUCCCCCAGCCCUACCGAGUUUCGAACAAGUUGAGAGAGAUCCUGCGGUUUGGAUAAGUUAUGUCCGCGCAUGCAAAAUUUUUCUGAAGAAAACCCAAGAGAUCACUCUACAUGAGUCGAUUUUUCAACUACAUCAGGCACCGCGAAGCGGAGUUGCGGUUGAGGAUGAGGGUUUGAAUUUAGUGGAGCGUAUGCCCGUCAACAGCCGCGCCAAACACCAACUCGUACGCCUCUGUGCGGAUGCCGGUCUGUCACGACCCGAGCCUUUUCGAUAUAAUGUUUACGGUAAGGCACCCGAGAAAUGGUUUCUUGUAGAAACCCCUGUCUUGGGAACCGUUUUCAAGGCCCGAGGUUUGGCUCAGAGUGCUGCCGACAGUCUCUUACGGGCUGCGAUGCACUACGAAUAUUUGAUCCAAACGGCUGUUCUACCUCAAAGAACUUUGUCUACUUUGGAUAAAGGCUUUCAGGGUGGGCGUCCCCUAUCCACCGCUGGUGAACGGUUGCGACGAGGCAAGGAUCUUUUUGACAGCACCAAGGGAGGUUUUUCUACGCAAGGCAAGGCGGCUGCCUUAGCGCUUUAUGCUGCGACGCAUCGCCCCUACCAACCUGUGCAAUUUAUUUUGCGAGAAGGGACAAUCGGUUCAGCAUUACCUCCCUCAUUGUCUCAGGCGGGAAAAAAUCCAGUUAAGAAUCCACUUGUAGGGAAACACAUAGUGGUAGCCGCCGAGCUAAGCGAUGAUCUUGGCUUGCGUCACUCAGCGAAGGGGGAACAUCCAAACAGCGUAUCUGAGGCAGUAGAGAGAGCUUCAAACGGGCUUUUUAAUCUCCUCCAGCGCAAAGCGGCAAUACAGUCUAUUGGGCAGGUCAUUAAGCGCCAUCCUUCUAUGCGCAUGGGGGUUUUGUGCACGCUUGCAAAUGAAAACGAGGAGGCGGGCGUUGCUUCAUUAGAUGCAACAUUAAUCCCAUUGUGCAAGGCCGCAAAAAAGAGUGCUGGUGCAGCUCCUUUUGUAUGUGAAGAAUUCAUAUUAGAUGAAUUGAAGGGUCUCCCAUUGGAGGGGUCUAGAGAUUUGUUAAGCUCGUCUCACGCGGCAGUGCUACUAGAUAUUGUAUCCCGCCGAUUAGAUCAGUCAACCACGCAUGUGUCGCUGAUGCCACCUGCUUUUAUUCGUGACAACUUUCCAGCCCUUGGACUUCUUCUUGCUGAUUCUGCGCAUAGGGGUGAAAGCUCAAGUAAAUCUAAACCAGACAAAACACCAAAGGAAAGUGUAACUCCUGUAGCCGGAGCCGUUGCCUUGCUAAUGCAAUGCAUUCCGCGACAAACUAUAGUGGGGGGGCGAGAUCAUACUCUCCAGCACGGGCCGUUGCUGCCUAUACAACUGGGGAAGUUGCUUCUUGCGGGGUUGCUCUUUGAUUGUGUACCUUUUGCAGUGCGCAUGGCGGCGAUGGUCAUGGACUUGCAGGGGAUUUGUAGCAUCGCUAAUAAGCAUUCCCACACUUUCUCAGAUCAGGGGAGUGAAGGAGGGGUUCAGGAGCGACAGUUGCAUAGUUGGCUAAGUGUCGAUCUUGUUGAGGAGGUGCUUCAUCGGGCGUCCCCUCCGUCAUCUUUGGAGACAACAUAUGAAAAUGAAAUUUGUCUGCGCUUGUGUGAACUUCAAACACAAAUCAUGCAAUAUGUUCCAGCGUCCCAACUUUCGAGGCUGUUUUCUCAGUUGCAGAGCUUUAAAGGGAUCAUGCGACAGGAAAAUCGUCUGCAGAAUGAGGCAAUGCAGAAGGAAGUUACUUUUCUCGAAGCUCGGCUCCGCAUUUGUGUGGCGUUCGCCACAUACCCACAGGUCCUUACUCCUAGAGUUGUGAGUCCGCGCAUCGUGGGGGAAUCAAUUGUUCCUGGUGCGGCGGACCCCUCCAUCACAGUUCUGGAAUCAAUGGAUGGCACGCAACAGGCCUACAUCAAGAUCUCGGCGCGCCACGCACGCGCCCCUUUUGCGUUCUUCGACGUCUUGCUGCGCAGCAACUCUGAUGCGGGGCAGGCUGUUUCACCUGGAGAAGCUGAUACCCUAGAGCAGCGGAAGAGUUCCUGUCAUCGGCAGGUUGGGACGGGGCACGCACACGUAUGCGUCGCCGGCACCUCUGUGAUCCCUUUUGCUAAUAUUGUGGCGACUGUGUUGGGCUGUAACAAAUAUCAUGUGUUUUCAGUGGUGGAGGAAAUUCCAAAUCUGGGGAUUAUGCUAGAGGGUACUGUGCCUCUGGUGUUUCAAUCUACGGCUGUGAUGGAUGUAGUAGGUGAGCUUCAAGAUGUAUUUGCUCAGUCCCUGAGCUAUUUGAGGCCACCACCACAUGAAGCCCUGCAUGCAUUGGAUAUACUGUUACGUUUGAGUGAAAACAGCAAUAAGCUAUAA